AUGGCCUACCGAAACGGUCGCUCUCGAUACCGAUCCGAGGUUGAGGCAGAAGCCGCCUCCAGGUCGAUCGCCUUAUCUGACCUGUCUCAGGAUUUAGACGGUAGGAAGGCCAUCGUGUUUCUGGAAUGGAAGAAAGGUGAUGCUAUUGCCGCAGCUACAGUGCCCCAGAUCAACUCUUCGAUACCCGAGCUGUACCCUGGGUUCGACAAGAUCACCGAAGUAUUCGACGUCCCAGACACUUUUCUCGAAGAGCGUCUGCAUCAUGGCGCUUACUCAUUUGGCUCGGCGCGACAAGGGCACUUGCAAAGGAUCUGGAGCCAUUUUUUGCUGAAGUAUAUCGGAACUGUUGACUUUUUGGACGCCGACUACGAGUCAUCGCUAUGGUCCAAGUCGUCUUUUCUUCUUUCGUGGGAUACCAGGACAGGCUUCUCCUCUCUCGACGACUCAGCCUCCUCGCCCACUGCAAGUGGUCUCCAAAUGGCUCAGGUGACACUGAUCUGCUUCGGUGCCUUUCAGGAUUUGAAGCAUCAAUUCGACAGCUUGCGUUUCUCAAACUCCUGGGAAGUUGUUUUACAGGAUCCACACCUGCUUCUCACUUACAUCUACGACUCUUGGUACAAGCGGGUGGAUAAGACAGUGUGGUUUGCAAAUGGUCGAGGGCGAGGGAUAGAGGAGGCAAGUCAUUCUGUGUCCGUCAUUCCCAAGUCCAAAAAGGCUGAUAUGAACCAGCAAGCUGUGCGAGAAACUUCAGACAAGGUAUUGACAAAGGAAGAAUCAAAGGUAAAUCUUGAACAUCUCUAUCGAAUUACUCAGACCGUGAUAUACCUGCGAGAAGGACUUGAUGCCACCAUAGCUUCGCUAAGCUUGGCCGCUGAACACUGUCGAAAGUCACCUCGGCAGAAGGAUUCGCACCUGCUGCGAGAUAACGUGCUGUCGCAGCUCCAGUACCGCCGCGAAAUGCUCAGAUCCACGCGCUUGAGACUUAUCAGCCUCCAUGAGCGGCUCAAGAAUAUCAAUGAGAUUUCUUACCAUCUCGUUGCGAGGAGAGAUAGCUACGCAGCACAACGAAUCAGCGAGCACAUGAAAAAAGAGAGCUCAAGGAUGGCGGUUAUCGCAUUCAUCGGGAUUCUGUUCCUCCCUACGUCGUUGGUGGCUUCGGUGUUCGGUGCCGUACACGAUCAGAACUACACGAUGCAAAAAGCCUUUGCCAAAUUCGGGUAUCUGGUGGGAGCAGCAGUGCCCUUGACGUUGUUAACAGUAUUUCUUUACAGGCUGUUCGGUGAGACUGAAUCGAGACCCAUGGCAGAGAGAAGCGACAAUGGGAGAAACGAAGGCUUCGAACUGCGAAGCUUCAGGAGGCGGAUGUGGGGAAGAAGGACUGUGUCACACAUGGCGGAAGACGGUGACUUUCUCUGA